UCCAACAAGAGUCGGGAUCCAUAGAUUGGAUCAAACAAGUCAAGUGAAGAAAAAAUGGGAUAAUUGACCUAAAAUGUUCUUGGGUGUGCAUAUAAUAAUUUUUGAAACCAAGGGUGGAUAUGGAACAAGGUUAUCCAGUUCUCGAAGAUCAGACGAUAUGAAAUGGAAAAGAUGACCACACAAGGUCUUUAACUUCAGGUGUUCAGCGUUUGGCAAAGUGCAAGUGACACUGCAUGUAAUACCAUUACUCAUGUCAAGAACAAGUGCUGAUGAUUACCACUCAUUAUGUGACUCACUUAGUGAAUUCUACAAGGUUUUUGCUUUUGUAUUUCACCUGUCGGAUCUAAAGCCACAUGUUAAAUGGUGCUAAUAACUGAGAAUGGCGUUGUUGGGGGUCUACUUCUCAAAGAUCACCAAAAUGUCUCAAGUCACAACCAAGCUAGAGGCGGCAAUAACGAAGAGUCCUCAAUACAGACUUCCAUUUUUGUGGAGACCACAGAGGACUCUUAUUUGGCAGAUGAUGAAGAGCACCAUCAUUAUGAUGAUGAUGAUGAAGACGAUGAUGAUGUCUACCAAGAAUUUGAGGAGUUGGACUUUUCAAAACUGCCAGACACCAAGAGCAUCGUGUCAGAUGAUUCUUUUUACCCGCCUGAUGAUUCGCUAAACUAUGUGAAAUGUCCAAGCCCAGAGAGUCCUGAGCCACUUAGCUUCUUCAAGGCAUGCAGCACUAACAAUGUCAUCAUUGUCAAGAUCAUGAUUAGACAAGGUGUGACAGAGGAUGAGGUACGAGAGGUGGACAAAAAUAACAGAACAGGUCUGAUUGUGGCGUGUUACCAGGGUUUCGUGGAUGUAGUCAUUGCCCUUUCUCAGUGUCCAUAUGUGGAUGUGAACUGGCAGGAUAAUGAGGGGAAUACAGCUCUCAUGACUGCCGCACAAGCAGGCCACAGUAUGAUUACCAACUACAUGCUGAGCUAUUUUCCUGGGUUAGACACUGAGCGCAGGAACUGCCAUGGCUUCACAGCAAUGAUGAAAGCAGCCAUGCAGGGUCGAGCCGAGUGUGUGCGGGUUCUUAUGAUGACAGGUGCAGACAUUGAAGCAAGGGACUAUGGCCGUAAGCUGACUCCACGAGAAUGGGCCCUGUUCACAGGCCGCUAUGAAACAGCCAACCUCAUGUCUCGACUGAUGGAACAACCAUGUGCUGAACAGUUCUGUGACUCUUACCAUAUGGAGUGGCCUGUGCUAGAUGAGCUGGUGGCCCAAUCCAAGGAGCCCAAGUCUUGCUGGAGGAAGUUCUCGGAACGUGCCUGUAACCUGUUCACCAUCCGUAUGAAGACCAGCCCUGUGGAUGAAGGUGUCAUGGACUACAUGGUGCGAAUGACCACGGCACUGGCCAGCCCAUUCAUAGCCACCGCCUGUCGCACCGUGUGCCCAGGGAGCCCUCCAUGUGUGGGGAAACGUCGCCCGGCUGUACAGGACAUUCUCCGUAAACAGCGUCUGGCAGAGCUGAAGAACCUGGGGCCUGAGCGUCUCAACAACUACAAGCGGCUCUUCCAUAACUCCAGAGUGCUGCUGGUGCCAAAGAAGCAAGAGCGCCGUGCUAGUCUGCAGCCACAAAUACUGCGCAACGUCGCGAUGGCCUCCACUGUGGCCCUCAGAAGAAGUAGCUUGCUGCCUCUUCACAUGAUGCGCAGGAGCAGUGUGCGUCCAGGUUUGGUGGUACCUAAAGUCAUGCUGUGCAAAGCUCCUCCCCCCACAUAUAUCCCGGAGAGGCUGCAGCACAGGACUAUAAACGACUCUCAACACUUACAGAUCCCUAAAUGGAAGUACAAAGCUCUAAAGGAGGAUAAAAAGAAAGCAAAACAGUUGGACAAGUUAAGAUUGUCUGUUGUGAGGAAAAAGUAAUGUGGCUUUUGAUGACUUCCCUGCUGGAAAAUUCAACUUAAGCUGGUAGCUGUGUUUUGGGACAUGGUAGCUGAUUUCCAGCUGGUCCAAGCUGGUCAUGAGCUGAACCAAGCUGGUCUUUAGCUGGUCCAAGCUGGUCAUUAGCUGGUCCAAAUUAGGAGACAAGCUUAGACCAGUUACCAGCUGGUAAUACCAGCUCAAUGUGGUCAAGCUGGUUUUUGGAACAUGGUAGCUGGUCGACCAGCAAAGGACCAGCCUGGACUAGCUUGGACCAGCUACCAUGUUCCAAAACAGCUACCAGCUUAAGCUGAAUUUUCCUGCAGGGUUAGUUUAGCAAUAGAGCUAUUCAGUCAUGAUGACAGUUUGAAAGCUAACUCAGAAGGCUUAUGGGUUCCCUCAGGAAUUUCUAAUGGGUUUUUAGAACAGCUAUUUUGAUGUUUAAAUUAAAUUAGGUCUGUGGUUAACACUAAAUGAAGAGACUUUCAGGUUUUGUUUUACAAUGUAAAUUACACACAGUCAUAUAUCAAUCGUGAAUUUUUAAACUGUUGUGUGCUUUAAAGGUGCACUUAGCAUUUAUUUUGCUAAUGGUUAAGCUUUUAAAAAGAUAGAAACAGUAAUAAUAGAAUAGUAUUUUGUACUGAAUUAUGUACACUCACAUGAGAUGCAGGCUCCAGUCAUGUCGGUCAUAGAAUAAAAGCUGCUUUGUUUUACAUAUGGUGCUGAGCACACAUUGAUGAGUGCCGCCAUGUUGAGAUCAUAUGACCAGUCGAAUAUUUCUUGCUUGAAAUUGGAUCUUUCACUCUUUCACAACUUUGCAGGGCUCCAGACUAAAAAAAAUGACAGCGGAGCCAUUUGCUCCUUAACUGAAACUUUUAGGAGCCAAAUGGCUGUUUUUGGUAUAUACUAUAUAUUUACUGUAAUGUAUUGCAAUAUAAACACUACAAAGUGAACAUUUUCAUAUAAAAAUAUAAGCAGUAAUUCAUCAACAGUAUAUCAUCAGCAAUCGCAUGUUAUAAAUCUGGUCAGUUGUGAACUCACAGAGUCGCUGAGAAAGUGCUCAAACUGCUAACCUGAGUUAGUUCAAACACGUUUCAUGAAUCUUUUGGCUAAUUAAUUAAAAAG